AUGAAAUACCAACUGAAAAUCCUGAAUAAAAGAGUGCCUCCCGAGGCUUUCAGAUACACAAAGAUGCCUACCACCUAUAGAAGGAAAGCGGGAAAUCGUCGUUACAUUGACUACGCUAAAGAGCAGUUGGAGCAAUGUUUAAAUGACGUGAGAUCCAAGAUACGGACUCAACGGGCUGCUGCAGCUAAGUAUAAAAUUCCUCGUAGUACGAUAAAGAAUAAACUGAAGAAUAAGCAAUGUAACAAACCCGGCCAUCCAACUAUAGUCACAACAGAAGAAGAACAAGCAUUUGUUGCCCAUGUUACAGCGCUCUCAGAAUUUGGGUUUCCGAUAACAGAUAUUGACCUCAAAAUUAUUAUCAAAGACUACUUGUCAGCUCGUGGAAGACAGAACGUAGAAGAACCUUUGAGUAGAUUGCCAAGGCAAGACAGAAUUGUAGAUCUCAAUCUAAUUUCCGGCGCUUUUAUGCAAAAUCUGAAGCAAUUACGGAGUAACGAUAGUCCAGACCGAAAGAAUCAAGGCAAGAAGAAAAAGCUAGAUGUACCUGCUGGUCGAUCCAUUCGCUCAGAAGAUACUUCAGACAGAGAACAAGCUAGUUCUUCAGGAGUAAAUAGAUCAGAUCCUAAGAAAAAUGCAAAGUCCAGGAAGCGGUUGAUUAGUGAGGUUUUCUCUUCAGAAUGCAGUGACACCGACAUAAGUUUGGCAUCUUCUACUGAAGAUCUCAUUCUGGCACGAGAUCAAUCUGAUGAUGAAGAUGACAACUUACGCCUAGCACAGCUUAUAAAUCGCGAUCCCAGAAGCAACUAUGAUGGAAAUCUGGAGGCGCUUGAGCCAUCAACUCAGCUACCAGAGCCCAUUCCUCCGGAUUGCAACACAAGGUUUGUUGAAGAUCCGCUAUUAAGAAACUGUUCGAAGUCUGACGGUCAAAGUUGCAGUAAUGAGGACGAAAAUAAAGAAGGGCCGCCUCUGCCAAAUAAAAUUAAUCCAGAUAAUGUACGAAAAGCGGAAGAGGAAUAUCAAAAUGGCGAUGGUUACUGUAUCAAUGAUCAUGAUCCGAACACUCCAGUAUUGAGAGAAGAUUUUGUUGGCUUUGUCCCCAUAGAUGAUCAAUGUUCCGAGAAUCUCAGUAAAGUUAUUCUGCAGCGAUGUAAGGAGUUGAAACUGGACAUGAACAAGUGUGUCGGACAAGGAUACGAUGGAGCCGCAAACAUGGCAGGUCAUUUGAGCGGAGUUCAGAAAAGAAUAAAAAAAGACUAUCAUAAUGCAAGUUUUUACACCUGGUCAGACGAAUUAGAACAUCCCGAUAGAAUUCCCGUUCCUCCUGAUGGCGUAGUACUUUUUCCACCAGAGAAUGCAAAUGAUGACCUCACAGAUUGUGAUUCGGGAGAUGAAGAGUUCACCACACUGAAUAAUCUUCCAGGAAGUCAACCGAGAAACGAUGUGGAAAUAAUCGGAGACGCCAUGAGUACUCAAAAUAGGCCGCCCAGCGUAAUAUCAUCGAUACAGGAAGACUAUGAGCAGUUGUAUGACUCUGAAGAUGAUAUACCUCUAUCACAACUUUAUCCCAAAGCAUCAGCAUCCAAUCUAGAAGGCCACAAUGGAGAUGAUUUUAAGCAAGCGUUGACCUCAUCAGCGUAUGUUGAACGUGGAAUGACUGGAAGUGGAAUGUCCUGUUCAACGCCUCAAGCGAAUGUUUGUGUGCCAUAG